CGCUCUGUUCGUAGUCAGACAUUGUUCAAACCUCAAAGGAAACGGGUGUUCGGAACUUAAAGACAUCGCUGUUCAUACAAGAUUAUUGUAUAUGUACUGAAAAUCACUAAGAGUGUAGUGAGGAAAAAUUAGUACAAAAAAAGUGCUACCAUAAAAUUGAGUUGAAAUUUCGAGUGUUUUAUUAAAAGUACAAAGCAAAACAAAGGAAAAGUCGAAGCGAAUAAAUGAAUACAAAGUGUUUAAAGUGUUACGCACAUAUUUACCAUUUUCGGACAUUUUCCAAAUUCGUUAUACACAUUAACGAUUUCAACUAACUUGUGCGCUACCCUAUUACCUUCUGUCGCAGCAGUAACUAUAUCCUUUAACGUCCUUCAACGUCCUUCAUUGAAGAUAACAGAGUGGAAAGAGUAAUAACACAAACACAUUAAAAUUGUUACAGAGCGAGGAAUUUAUUAAUCGAAAAUAUGGCUUUACGUUGUGCUGGUCUGUUUAUUAACAAGGAGCUUGCAGCAUCCUCCCAGUUCCUAUCUCAAUUCCGCAACCUUAAUAUGACCUCUGUGCGCCAAGCGCACUUCCUGAAGAACUCGCCGAAUGCUGCACUUAGCAAAACAUUGUUGGAUCGCUAUCGCACCCUAGAAACUCCGAAAGAUCGUGUUCAGGCAACUUACCUUUGGAUCGAUGGCACUGGCGAGAAUAUUCGUUUGAAGGAUCGUGUCUUGAAUAAGGUACCAAAGGGUGUGGAAGAUCUACCAAACUGGCAGUAUGAUGGAAGCUCGACUUACCAAGCUUCUGGUGAAAACUCAGACACCACUCUAAUACCACGCGCCAUCUAUCGGGAUCCCUUCAAGCCUGGUCAAAACGAUAUUAUUGUUAUGUGUGAUACUUACACAUCAGAGGGUAAGCCGACGCCCUCAAACAAACGCGCUGCUUGUCAAGCAGCCAUGGAAAAAGUUAUUGAUCAAGAACCCUGGUUUGGUAUAGAACAGGAAUAUACGUUGCUUGAUGUUGAGGGUCGUCCCUUCGGUUGGCCAGAAGGUGGUUUUCCCGCACCUCAAGGACCCUACUACUGCGGAGUGGGUGCCGAUCGUGUUUACGCCAGAGAUUUGGUAGAAGCUCAUGCCGUUGCAUGCUUAUAUGCAGGUAUUGACUUCGCUGGCACCAAUGCUGAAGUUAUGCCCGCCCAAUGGGAAUAUCAGGUGGGUCCUAGCACUGGUCUCAAAGCAAGUGAUGACUUAUGGGUCUCGCGUUAUAUUCUACAACGCAUCGCAGAAGAAUAUGGUAUUGUUGUUACAUUCGAUCCCAAGCCAAUGGAAGGACCAUGGAACGGAGCCGGUGCCCAUCACAAUUUCUCCACUAAAGCUAUGCGUGCUGACGGCGGUAUGAAAGCCAUAGAAGAAGCCAUUAAAAAGCUAAGCAAGCAACAGGAGCGCCAUAUUCGUGCCUACGAUCCAAAGGAAGGCAAGGACAAUGAACGUCGCUUGGUUGGCCGUCUGGAAACCUCAAGUAUCGAUAAGUUCUCUUGGGGCAUUGCGAACCGUGGCACCAGUGUUCGUGUUCCACGUGGUGUUGCCAGCGCUGGUAAAGGUUACUUCGAAGAUCGUCGUCCUAGCUCCAAUUGCGAUCCCUAUGCUGUUUGUGAUGCUUUGGUGAGAACCUGCUUGCUCGAUGAAUAAACUCAGAAAGGAGAACCCAAAAAUUAAGAAAGAGCGAAAGUGCAUAUAUACUGAAACUGCAAACGGAGAAGACCAAAACAGAGACGUUUAUGUUCAGUCAGAAUAUUAUGUGAUACAUCGGUACACACAUCAACUUAAGUACAUAUGUACUGUAAUAAAUAUAUGGAAUGAUAUUGGGCGCUUUGUAAAGAAAAAACAAAUUUCAAAUGAUAUACAAAUUUUCAGGGGAAAAUGGGGAAACAUUGUACAUAAAUACAUGUUAUAAAAUAUGGAAUUAAACUCAAUUGUAAACGAUAUCUAUAAAACUUUUAAUGUCAAAAAUGUGUUGUCUGUUGAAAUUUCUUCGAUAUCAUAAUUGUUGUAAAUACAAUAUAUAUUUAUAUAUAUAUAUACAUUAAGUUUUAAGGGGAGGGAAAACCCAAAAUAGAAUAAUAUAUAAUAUAUAUAUACAUAUAAGUAAUAUUUUUAAAAAGAAAACUAUAAUUUCUUCGAAAGUGAUGAAUGUAUUGUAAUUAUUUUGUUAUAGAUUUAUGCAUUAUCUUACACAUACCAAAAUAUUCCAUUAUAUAAAUGAACAAUUUCUAUUUUCUACUGAUAUUUUUUGUAAUUAUGUAUAUUUUUCAAUUCACAACAACAACUUUACGUAUCAAUGACAAGUGAAAAGGAUUACAUAUAGACACUUGUACAUCUACAUAUGUAUGUAC